CGCGUCAAGCCACUGCGGCUCAUCAGCCUAAAAGCAAAUCACGAGCCAGCACGGACGCAGACAUGCGGGCCACCAAGACCGGAAUCAGUUGGAGACUUUUCCUGUUUUCCUGCCUGUUUUUGGAGACUUCGUCUCAAGACUUUGGCGCACAGACGCAGUUCAUCUGCACGUCCGUGCCCAAGGAUAUGGACAUUUGCGCAGCCACUUUGCAGAACAGCGUGCCGGGAGAGGACUUGAAGACCACCGUCAUGCAGCUGCGGGAGACGGUUUUGCAGCAGAAAGAGACGAUCAUGAACCAAAAAGAGACCAUCAGGGAACUGACCUCGAAGUUGUCUCGAUGUGAGAGCCAGAGCGGCGCCGAGCCCGGGGACGCGCGGCCCGGGGCCCGGAGGAAGGACGCUGGGAGCAAAAACACGAUGGGGGAUGUAUCGAGGGGACCCGCGGACACUUUGACGCAACUAUCACAGACUUUACAAUCACUGAAGCAGAGAUUAGAAAACCUGGAGCAAUUCAGCAGAAGUAACAACUCGGUGCAGGCGAGCAGCCUCAAAGAUCUGCUCCAAAGUAAAAUCGACGACCUGGAGAAGCAGGUGUUGUCCCGAGUGAACAGCAUCGAGGAGGGGAAGCCCGGACUCCGGAACGAGACUGAGCAGCGGGGCAGAGUGGAGUCCACGCUCACAUCCAUCCACCAGAGGAUCACUGACCUGGAGAAAGGUCAGAGAGACAACAGGCCUCUGGAUAAAUUCCAGCUGACGUUCCCCCUGAGAACCAACUACAUGUACGCCAAAGUGAAGAAGAGCCUGCCGGAGAUGUACGCCCUCACUGUGUGCAUGUGGCUCAAGUCCAACGCCUCCCCGGGAGUGGGCACACCUUUCUCCUACGCGGUUCCUGGUCAGGCCAACGAGCUGGUCCUCAUAGAAUGGGGCAACAACCCGAUGGAGAUACUCAUAAACGACAAGGUCGCUAAGCUGCCUUUUCUGAUCAACGACGGGAAGUGGCAUCACAUCUGCGUGACCUGGACCACUCGGGAUGGCGUUUGGGAAGCUUUCCAAGAUGGCGUCAAGAGAGGCAGCGGAGAGAAUCUGGCCCCGUAUCAUCCCAUCAAACCGCAGGGUCUGCUGAUCCUCGGCCAGGAGCAGGACACGCUCGGAGGGGGAUUUGAUGCGACACAAGCUUUUGUCGGAGAUCUGGCAAAUUUUCACAUCUGGGAUCGGAAACUAUCGGUCGGAGAGAUUUACAAUCUAGCGACGUGCAGCAGCAAAGCGCAAGUGGGCAACGUGUUUGCGUGGAUGGAGACGAGCCUGGACAUUUACGGAGGGGCCUCGAAGUGGACAUUUGAAGCUUGUCGCCAGCUCAACUGAACAGCGGAGAGGAGAGACGCGUUUGUUAACAGCGUUGGUAAACUCAUUUGAGAAAUCAAGAUUGUUUCAGUGAAUAGCAUCUGGAUCUGACAUAGAUAUAAAAAAAAAAAACGUAAUUUGUGGACACUUGAUAGAUUUUUACCAAAUACUUCGGAGACAGGUCCCAGCGAUGGGACACCUCGGCAUCCUGCGGCACUCGAAAGCACCACCGGGCCUACUUGUGUUCUGGAAAAAAGCAGCCGCCGACGCUCUGGAGAGCAGAGGACGCUCUCGGGAAACAAAAUGAGUAGGAAGUCAUGUAGUAUGUCACGCAAUUCAGCCAAUCAACUGACUUCUUCUUCAAACGCCGUUCUGUCUCGACUGCCAGAGUUUUUCACUGUGAAAAAAGGACUAGAUGGACUUCUUUUUAAAAAGGGAGGUCCCUCUUCAGGAGGCCAGGAAAUAAAUGACUUUGCUUCUCUCUCACUAUUUGUUCCCUACCACCAACUGCUUGACAUGAUUUAUGUAAAGAAUGACAUAUAUUUUGCCAACGUUUGAGCCUGAGUGCCUUGGGCUGUUGAAAAAACAAAAUCUCAGCACAUUCAUUAUGAUUUGCAAAGUGUUUGUGUUUAUUUUCUUGUAGAUUCGUUUUGAAAAAAUGGUGUUUCUUGUAUCACUCCACAUGUGGUUGGAUCAGAUAGUUUAUUAAAAAAAUGUAACUCAUUGAUGACAGUGA